AAAAAAUUAGGUAUUUUUCGUCGUGUACGGAAUACAGAUGAAAAAAUUCUGAAGGACAUAUCUCGAGUACGCAGCCAGUAGUGCGCCCGCGGUUCUGGACGAUGGUACAAAUUUCGCAUGUUGAAACAAAUUGUUUGUAAAUAAAAAUUUAAUCUAAAAAUAAUCAGAGAGUUUCUAAUAAUCAAUAAAGUGAAAUAAUCAGCAUCAACCGCAACUAUAUAAUGAAUGAUAUCGAGGACGUUAUCAAUCCCACGCCAACCAGCGAAGAAUCCAAGAAAAUCAGUGCUAUCGAUAGGGACACCGUGCAUAAAAUUUGCUCCGGUCAGGUUGUUUUGAAUUUGGCGACGGCGGUGAAGGAACUGGUAGAGAAUGCCAUCGAUGCUGGUGCAACGGUCGUAGAGGUGAAACUCAAAGAACAAGGGGCUGACUUAGUGGAAGUGUCUGACAAUGGAACCGGUGUCGAGGAGCAGAACUUCGAAGGACUUACCGCCAAGUAUCAUACCUCGAAGCUGAAGGAAUUCUCCGAUUUGGCUUGCAUUGAAACGUUCGGGUUCCGCGGAGAAGCAUUGAGUUCAUUGUGUGCGUUGUCCGAUAUGGUUAUCGUAACCAGGCAUGAAACGGCACCGCAUGGUACCAAGCUGGAACUGGACCAUCGCGGUGGGAUUAAGAAAAGAAGUCCCAUUGCCAGAGCGGUAGGAACGACGGUUUCGUUGUCGAAUUUGUUCUCGACACUUCCGGUGCGAAAGAAGGAAUUCCAGAAAAAUAUUAAACGGGAGUUUAUCAAGAUGUGCCAGAUUUUGCAAGCGUAUUGUUUGGUGUCGGUCGGGGUUCGGAUAAUCUGUAGCAAUCAGAACAAGAAGGGUGCCAAAAGUGUGAUCAUGAGUACGCAGGGGACAGGAUCGGUGCUAGACAACGUAACGACGGUGUUCGGUCCUAAGCAGUCCUCGGAGUUGGUCCAAUUAAAACAGGCCAUUAGCAGCAGUGGCAAGAUAAUGGACCUGAAUCAGGAUGAUUUUGACGACAGUUUGUCACUAACGCAGGAGGAGGUUGAUAAUUUGAAUCUGUCCAGGUAUACAAUUGAAGGAUACAUUUCUAGUUGUGCCCACGGAUCGGGUCGGUCCUCGAAAGACCGACAAUUUUUCUUCGUCAACUCCAGACCUUGUGAACCUAAGGCUAUUAUCAAAAUGGUGAACGAAACCUAUCACAAGUACAACGUAAAUCAGAGCCCUUUUGUGUAUCUCAACUUGAAAAUGUCCCGCUCCGACGUGGAUGUAAAUCUUACGCCAGACAAGAGACAAAUUUUGGUAAAUAACGAGAAAAUUCUCCUUCUGGCGCUUAAGAAGUCUCUGAUGAAAACGUACGGGACGAUUCCUUCCACGUUCAAAAUGCAGAAUCUAGACGUCAGCACUAAUACUCGGUUGUUGAACAUUUCAAUACACUCGAAGGAUGGCGGCGAUGGGGAUUCCUCUGGUAACGAAAGUAUGGAAGUGUCGAAUCCGAGACGCUUGCUGUCGGCGUUUAGUAACAAAAACAUCCCUGCGGGCAAGGGUAAUACAGUCAAUACACCGGCAAAAGCUGAGAAACGAAAACGUGAAGGAGACGACUGUUCCACGCCAAAAAUGUCCAACUUCAUAAGCGUGACGCCGAAGUUGCAGUCGAAUGAAAUCAGCAACGUUGAGCUUGCUGAGGAAAAUGUGGAGAUGGUGCCAAAAAUUGCAAAGAUAAUGUCAGGCGAAGAUUAUGACACUGAAGCUGCUGAUGAAAAGCAAUACACAGUAAAAGUUUUAAAUCCAUCAGAGAUUGUUGGAAGUUCAACGCCAAAGGCCUCUCAUUCUUCGGAAGACACGGUACAUCUAAUUAGAUGUCGCAAUGAAGUGCCUGAUGACGAGACACCUAAAUUGAAAUUUGAGACCAUUUCGGAUGCGGAUCCUACAGUUGUUCACACCAGGGAUCAGAUGGUCCCGAAAGCAGGACCUAUGCUUGAACCUGCAGUAUUAAGUCCCAAGAAGGAAUCAAUAAUCGUCGAUCAAAUACCAGUUAAAAUCGAAGUCGAUCAAUCUUCGUUCACGGAAGACUCGUUUCGGGCGAUUGGAAAAAGGAGUUUGGAUAUCGACUUGUCAACGCUGAAGGCCCUAAUAGCAGAAGAACAAAAACUUCUUCAAGAAGAAACAUCUGUUCGGAACACCUCGCUGAGUCGACUUAAAUUUAAGAGCAAAAUAAACCCAUCCGCCAACCGCUCUGCCGAAAACGAGCUUCAAACGGAAAUCUCCAAGGACAAGUUUGCUCGGAUGGAAAUUAUCGGUCAGUUCAACCUUGGCUUUAUCAUCGCACGUCUCGAGCAGGACCUGUUCAUAAUCGAUCAGCAUGCCACCGACGAAAAGUACAACUUCGAGGACCUUCAGCGGACGACGGUACUGCAAAAUCAAAAACUGGUCGUGCCACAGCAACUGGAGAUGACGGCCGUCAACGAAAUGAUCCUAAUGGACAAUCUAGAGAUCUUUGAGAUGAAUGGGUUCAAGUUCGAGAUCGAUGGCUCGGCGGAACCAACCAUGAAGGUUAAACUGGUGGCGAAGCCAUUCAGCAAGAACUGGGAAUUUGGCAAGGAAGAUAUCGACGAGUUGAUCUUUAUGCUGCAGGAUGCACCGAAUACGGUAUGCAGACCAUCGCGCGUACGAGCAAUGUUCGCGUCCAGGGCAUGUCGUAAGUCGGUGAUGAUAGGGAAGGCGCUGUCAAAGCUGGAGAUGCGGCGGUUGGUGAAUCACAUGGGGGAAAUCGAACAACCGUGGAACUGUCCUCAUGGUCGGCCCACUAUGCGGCAUUUGGUGAAUCUCUCAAUGCUUCAACAAGCCGAAAUGGACAAUCUAGAGGAUGACGAAUGAUUGAUACAAGUAAGUUCCUUUUAUUUUUGAAUGGUAUUAAAUGUUACAAACUGCA